CCGCGAUAAACCUCGCCGACGGCGCGGAGAGAAAUCUGACUCUCCAACCUCCCGUCCUUGGUCCUUACACGCAAUUAUAGGGGCGUGGGUCCCACGUCUCAGUGAGAGAGAGAGAAGCUUUUUUUUUCUACAUCUGAGACGUUCGCCGGAGAUGGCGUCGGAGCUCACGUACCGCGGCGGCGCGGGGGCCCCGGGCUCCGCCUCCGACGGCGGGGAGUACUCCCCCAAGCCCUCCAAGCCGCUCUCCUGGCUCACCCGCGCCGCCCGCUACGCCGCCGCCGAGCACCGCCCCGCCUUCGCCCUCGCCGGGAUGCUCCUCGCCGCCGCCCUCUUCUCCCUCUACGCCCCUUCCUCCGACGCCUCAUCCUCCGCCGCCACCACCACCACCACCACCUUCAGCCACCUCUCCUCGCUCCCGUCGUCGUCGGCGGCGUCGCUGCACGAGUCCGCCGGGGGGAAGGUGCCGCUGGGCCUCCGCCGCCGCGCGCUGCGGGUGCUCGUCACGGGCGGCGCCGGGUUCGUCGGGAGCCACCUCGUGGACCGCCUGGUGGAGCGCGGCGACAGCGUGAUCGUCGUCGACAACUUCUUCACGGGGCGCAAGGACAACGUGGCGCACCACCUCGCCAACCCGCGAUUCGAGGUGAUCCGCCACGACGUCGUCGAGCCCAUCCUGCUCGAGGUCGACCAGAUCUACCACCUCGCCUGCCCCGCUAGCCCCGUGCACUACAAGUACAACCCCAUCAAGACCAUCAAGACCAACGUGGUUGGGACACUGAACAUGCUUGGAUUGGCCAAGAGGAUUGGGGCAAAAUUUCUCCUCACCAGCACCAGUGAGGUAUAUGGAGAUCCCCUCCAGCACCCUCAGGUGGAGACUUACUGGGGCAAUGUCAACCCCAUUGGUGUUAGAAGCUGCUAUGAUGAGGGCAAGCGCACAGCUGAAACGUUGACCAUGGAUUACCACCGUGGUGCCAACCUUGAGGUGAGGAUUGCUCGGAUUUUUAACACAUAUGGUCCUCGCAUGUGCAUUGAUGAUGGCCGUGUUGUCAGCAACUUUGUUGCUCAGGCACUGAGGAAGGAACCUUUGACUGUCUAUGGUGAUGGCAAGCAGACUAGGAGCUUUCAAUAUGUCUCUGAUUUGGUGGAAGGGUUGAUGAGCUUGAUGGAAGGGGAGCACAUAGGACCAUUUAACCUGGGUAAUCCGGGUGAGUUCACCAUGCUGGAGCUGGCUAAGGUUGUCCAGGACACCAUUGAUCCGAAUGCUCGCAUUGAGUUCCGUCCGAACACUGCGGAUGAUCCACACAAGCGCAAGCCUGACAUCACCCGUGCGAAAGAGCUCCUGGGCUGGGAGCCCAAGGUUCCCCUGCGUGAGGGCCUUCCCCUCAUGGUUACCGACUUCCGCAAACGCAUCUUUGGCGACCAGGAAGCCUAAUCUGCAGCAGCUGGUGGCAUGUAUUAAAUUUCAACAUGACAACGGCACACAACUCAUUAAAAUCCUAUAACUUGUACUUUAUAGUAACUACAUGUGGAGAAGUUAAAUCGGGUAGAAAUACUUGGAAAGGAAAUUGGUGCCUUGGUUCUUUGGUUGCUUCAUACCUCACGGACAAAAUGGCCAUGGCUGAAUACAUAGCUAGUUCUUUGGACACAUGGGGAUGCUACUAAUACUAUCAAUCUAUCAUAGGCACUACUGUAAGCUACUGUCUUUUUUGGUCUUGCUCAUAGAAGCCAUAUGGUGUUAUACAUGUAAUCUUUAUUGGAAACUCGAUAUAUGUUUCAGUAUGAACAGAACAUUCCACUUGCUUACAUGAAGCAUCUUUUUAAACUUUUUUUUGA